AUGGCUUCGAAACUGCAACUUUCUGUCAGAAAACUCUCCACGCUUCUAAAACCCCACUUUUCUUCUUCAUCUUCUUCUUUAUUUUUACUCAGGUCUCGUUCUGUCCUUAUACAAUCCGCAAGAACCAUUAAUCACUACUCAAACAGUUACUCUUUUCCUCCUUCAAGAACCUUCUUCUCUUCUCCCUUGUUAAAUCUCAACUCAACCGACGCUGAAGGUCCCGCUGCUAUAGAUUACCGUUCGCUUUUACAGGAGGAUGAAUUUCACUCUCUAGCUGAUUCAACCAUUCAUGAUCUUCAAGAGAAAUUGGAGGAAUAUGGUGAUAGUGUUCAAAUUGAUGGCUUUGACACCGAUUAUGGGAAUGAGGUUUUGACUCUAAAGCUUGGAGAUAUAGGGACUUAUGUGUUGAAUAAACAAACCCCGAAUCGGCAACUUUGGUUGUCUUCCCCUGUGAGUGGUCCAUCUAGGUUUGAUUGGGAUCGAAGUGCUCAAGCUUGGGUGUAUAGACGGACAAAAGCACAUUUGUUGACUGUCUUGGAAAGUGAAAUAGGGCAACUGUGUGGUGAACCUAUCAAACUUGCUUAG